UCGUAAAGUCAGUAACCGCUGCGAUUAUGGAUCAUGCAUAUUAAAAAAAGUCAACAGUGAAAACAAUGACUCUGUGUUUCAGAUCUCAAUGCCAACAUUUCCUGUGGUGGUGAAGAUCGGACACGCCCACUCCGGAAUGGGGAAGGUGAAAGUUGACAAUCACAGUGACUUCCAGGACAUCGCGAGUGUUGUGGCCAUCACUCAGACCUACACCACCACAGAGCCUUUCAUAGAUGCUAAAUACGACAUCAGGGUCCAGAAGAUCGGGUCUGACUACAAAGCGUACAUGAGAACAUCCAUCUCUGGCAACUGGAAAUCAAACACUGGCUCUGCCAUGCUGGAGCAAGUAGCCAUGACUGACAAAUAUAAGCUGUGGGUGGACGCCUGCGCGGAUGUCUUCGGAGGUCUAGAAAUCUGUGCCAUUAAAGCCAUACAUGGGAAGGACGGAAAGGACUAUAUCACUGAGGUGGUGGGCUCGUCCAUGCAGCUGAUUGGAGAUCACCAGCUGGAGGACCGUCAGCUGAUCGCUGCCAUCGUUCUGGCCAAGAUGAACCAAGACUCGGGACGCGCUACAGCUCGAUCCCCACAGAGACCUCCAACCACUGUACAACCUGCACAAAGCGCUGCCUUAAAAGAAAGCCUGACUGACCCCAGCAAGACCCUCGGCCAGCGGCCCCCUCCACAAGGGGGGGCAGUGAAACCCCAAGACCCACAACCUAAGAGUCAAGAACCUACACCUGAGCCAGUCCCUGCCCAGGAGCCUGUGCCCAAAGCAGGCCCCACCCCAACUCUACCACCCACCACGCAGCAGCCCAAAGCCCAGGCUCAAACAGCACCUGAACCCGCUCCAGGAAGGCCAACGGAACUGCCCCCAAAACCCCAACCUCCCAAACCACUUCCCCCAAAGCCUGUGCCUCCAGUUCGGAGGAAUUCCAAGCCUCAGAUCCAACCCAAACCCCAGACCCCACCUCCCACCAAGGCCCACCAGAAAGCUCAACUGGGCGACACAGAUCAGAAUCCUGGGCAAACCCAGCCAGAUCCCAUCCCUGCUCAAGAGCAAUCCCCAGCCAAACCUCCGGUUAAACCCCCUUCACCAGCUAAACCUCAGCUCCAGCCUAAACCAGUGCUCAGAGAGCAAGUCAAACCUGAAGCCCGAGCUCAGACAACUGCUCCAUCUGAAGCCCCUGUUAGAGCAACUCCUUCCCCUGCUCCCGCCCCGGCCCCAGCCCAACCUUCCCCAGCAAAACCCACCCAAUCUCAGCCUCCUGUGGAGGAACAGCCUGCACCCCAGCAGAAGUCCACCCAUCCUCUGUUGAAUAAAUCCCAGUCCUUGACCAACGCUUUCAACGCCUUUGGCGAGACUUUCCGGUCCAGCAAUGAGGAUGAAGCAAAGGCGGAGACUAUCCGAAACUUGCGAAAGUCUUUUGCGAGCCUGUUCUCUGACUAAUGACAAAACCCCACAGCCGAAAGGUGGCCAGGCAUUCGAGUGACAGAUAUGCAUCCUGGUGUGAGGUUAAUUCCAUGUAGCUGUGUACAUUUAACCCCUCCUCCCAACUCUGCUGUAAUUAUCCGAGUGUUAAUUGAGAAGGUUAGAGUGAUGUACAGUGAUUGUUCUCGCGAGAUGUUGGUGUUUACAUUAUUUGAGUCGCUCUGCCCCGAAACACUGGGAUUUAAAUGAGGAGGGGAUGGCUCUUAAGCGAUCAGUUACAAGAGGCUGGAGUAUGCUGAAAUCGUCUAUAGCCCCUCGAUGUUGUAGCUGUAUCGUAGUAGUGUUUUUUCUUUACCCAGAGACAAAUAUUUGUGACUAGUUUCCCUUGUUUAUCCCCUGUAGUGUGUGUGUGUGUGUGUGUGUGUGUGUGUGUGUGCGUGUAACUAUUUGUGUUGUUAGCAUUAGCCAGUGAGACAUUAGUUCAAGAAUACCUCUGAAUCUUUAUAAAAAGCACUUUCCUCUUCAAGUUUCCUACAGUAAUCAAUGCUUGGACUGGUCGGUUUCAAUGCAGUGGUGGGAUUUCAGUGGAACGCCUGGUGUUUUAGCGACAUAGCUUGCAUCCAGCACUUAUCAACCUGUCAAGAUAUUCAUGAGUGCCAUGUUUAUAGUAUCUCUGCAUAGUGUAUUGUACUGUACGUUUAACAUCUCAGGAGUUUAAUUUGAAUAUAUGUUUAUUCCGGCGUCACACUGUUCAUGUUGUGUUUUCUUUGUGCACAGUAUUAUUGCUUUGCAUGACCCGGUGAUAAUUGUUUUCUCUGUACAAGUGUCAAUAAACAUGUGGCGCAUCAUUCCACUGA